AUGGACGGCUUACCUAUGCAUCUCCUCAACGAAAUUCUCUUCAGAGUGAAUCUCCGAUCUUUGGCGAUGAUCCAAUGCACAAAUAGAUCCCUCCAAUCGCAUAUAUCAAACGACCCGUAUUUUAAAUCCGAGUACUUUUCUCGGCUCGGAUCUGGUUUACUUCACAUCUCCCCCUAUGGCUCUAAGUUGAUUUCCUACCACUCUUUGGGCGAUUCUAAGCCACCGAGGACGGAAAACGUAUCAGAGAGGUGUCUGAUUCUUGGCUCUUGCUCUGGCCUUCUUUUAUUCUCCGUUGAUGGUGUUAAUGGUGUGUGCGUUGCAAAUCCUAUCACAAAAAAUACAAGCGAUCUCGACAACCGUAUGAGAAAACCUGUUUACUUGAACGGAUCUCUUCACUGGCUACGGAACGACGGAAGCAUCGUUGCUUUCAACCCGGAAACAGAGCAAGCAAGACUAAUCCCGACCAGAUUUCCCAAGGAACUGAGUUCGAAAACCUUGUUCGCUGCUGACAACAAGAGCCUAGCUUUGAUAUCGGCCACAGAGAAAGUGAUAUACGUUUAUUAUGCACUCGAGAGUAUUCUCACUGAUCCCAAGUGGGUUCUCGGGAGGCGAAUCCGGAACGGAGUGCUGGACGAAAAGAGGCUGAUUCGUUGGAACGUGGAAGCUUACGACGGCAUGUGUUUAGUGUUGAUGGAGACUAAGAAUGACCACGAAAACUCUAACGUGCGAAUGCUUCAUGGGUACGACUUGAGAGCUAACAAUUGGGGGCUCAUGGGUUCGAUUUUAGUGUGGUGCGAUGCCACGAUAGACUUUUUUCAGUUUGCACCGUCGUCAUCUUAUGUGAUAGGACUUCGGGAGAAAGAGGGGAUGAUAUGGGCUUGUGAUCAUCGAAGCAUCUGCUGUGUAAGAUCAAUUAUGGGACUGGUGAGUGAUGGAAUUUUAUCAGAAAAUAUGGGAAAACAAGUUUGGGAAACAUCGGUCACAAAAAGAUAA